ACACUUUCGUAUCAAUAAGCGUCGUAGCGCGAUCCGCAUUGAGUGCUUAUACAUAUUUCAUUAAGUUGUGCAAAGAUACGCAUGUAAAAAGCUUUUACGGAAAGUGGUUUGCCAUGCAAAAGAGAAUAAUUUUCCUGGCCCUCCUCCUGGGCAUCCUGCACAGCACUUCCGGUCUGUACUUUCAUAUGCGGGAAAAGGAGCGGAAGUGCUUCAUCCAGGCAGCACCCGACGAUACUGAUGUUGUUGUCCAAUACAAGGUGGAGGUGGAGGAUCCGAGAUCCGGUGGGCUUAUGGCCUUGUCACCCCGCAUUGGAAUGCAGGUGGAAAUACGGGACAGCGACGCCGCGCUCAUCCUGUCCCGCGACUAUGGCCCGGAGGCCCGCCUUAAGUUUACCACCUCCUGGCCUGGGGACCACAAAAUCUGCCUGGAACCCACAGGUUCCGAAUGGUUCAGUGGCACCCUGCUGCGUGUUCACCUGGACAUCAAGAUAGGCGAGAAAGCUGUGGAUUACGAAAAUCUCAAAAGGAUGGAGGGCCUGGACAAUAUGCAGCUGCGGGUUCGCCAGCUCAUGAUUCAGGCAGAGGAGAUCCUCAAGGACCAGAACUACCAGCGCUUUCGGGAGGAGCGGUUUCGGAACACCACCAACAGCGUAUACUUCAACAUCAUAUAUUUCUCCGUAGGUCAGGCUGUAUUACUGGUUCUGGUACUGGCCAUCCAGUACCACCUUUUAUUCAGGAAACCUUCGCUGUAUCUUUCCUACUGCCACAUACUUGGUGAAAAGGAGCUGGCCAGGUUCAGGACACCAGAGGCGUUCCGGGCACUAAUGGCCAUCUGGACACAGAACCAUCAGGGGCUAACUACCAGUGCCAUCUCACAAUGGAUAAACCAGUUUGAGGAUCCAGAGUUAACGAACGAGAAAGAGCAAAUCCUUAUCAGCGAAAAGCUUCAAGCCAAAGUGAAGGAAUUUGCUGGAAAAUUCCUAACCAAACCUGCCGAGGAGCUUCCCGGCAAUCCUAAAGCUAGUUACUUCGCUUCCAAUGUCCAACUGAGGAAGUUGCUGUCCACCGCCCAGCGGAAUCGCAGUGUCCACCUGAAAGGCGACACCUUCCUGCUGGUCUGUGAAUGCCAAGAUUGCAAAGCCAAGGGGCCGAAUGGAGUGGACACCAAAGCCUAAGUGUAUGUUUUCCUUUUGUUCUUGUUAUUCUACCAACACAUCGCAUCUAAAAUAUAAAUUUAAUUUAUAAA